GUGUGAGAGAAUCAUGGGCCUUACAAUUCCGUAUUCACGAGGAAUUCCCACUUCCUUAUUUUAGACUACGUUAAUCCGAGAAACAAUUGUAACUACCAAGAAAACAGCCCCAGCUGACUACCAGAGAAAUGACUGAAAAUCUCUCUCCCUGAACCUUUAUUCUCCCCUACUAUAUCUCUCACAUUUUCGUUCUUGUUUUUUCAAUCCGAGAAACCAAACUCUCCAUCAACAUAAAAAAAACCAAGAAAACGCUACAGAAAACAAUCAGUGAGAGAACUUUUUCUCCGUCAAUUCAUCUCCUCCACCAAACCAAGAAACCAAAGAAAAGAAUCAAAGAUUCUCUCUGUUUCACAAAACCUUUAAUCCUUAUCAAUAAACACCACCAAAUUGCCGCACACACUUUACAAACUCCGCAAGCAGUCUUUGAAUAGUAGUUGAAGUUGCCUGAUAGCGUUAGACAUAUAAAGGUGGCAGAAACGAUGAAAAAGGAUGGCGGUCUUCCAGAAGAUUUGUUGAUCACGAUUCUCAUGGCAUUACCUGCCAAAUGUUUAGUGAGAUUCAGGUCUGUAUCAAAGUAUUGGAACUCUCUCAUCACUGGCGCUGAAUUUAUCAGUAUCCAUUUGGCCCAGGCAAAGCCAUUGCUUCUCUUUCAUCACCACAACCAGUCUUACUCUCUGCGUUUGGAUAAUGAGUCUUUAGACAUGUGGUCAAACUCAGAGUUCGAGUUGCCUUCUAAAAGAGAAGAUGAUGACUUCCAAAUAAUUGGUUCUUGUAAUGGAGUUAUAUGUCUUUUAAAUAGCCCGCAAGAUCAUGGUCACAGCAUAAUUUUGUGGAAUCCAUCAAUUGGAAAAUCUUUGAAUCUUGUACUUCCGAGGUUAUCUGAUCCUUUCCACGGUAUUUUUGGUUUUGGCUUCAAUCGGCAAAGUAAUGACUACAAGUUUGUUAGAGUUGCCACACCUCACUACCCAGUUGGAUGCCAGGUUUACUCGGUCAAAGAAAGAUCUUGGAAGGCCAUUGAUGUUAGCCCUGCUCUUGGUUACAUUAACCCCAUACCUUCAGUCUUAUGGGGACGUUCCAGUUCUUAUAACUAUGCUUUCCUGAAUGGGGUUCUUCAUUGGCUUGUGGACAGAGAGGAGUUUGGCAGUAGGUUUGUGCUAUCUUUUGAUCUAAGAAAUGAUUCGUUUGGGAAGAUGAUGCUGUCUCCAUAUUUAGCUAGCAAACUCGAUGAGUGGAUGGCAAUUUUGGUGUAUGAUAACUCCGUUUCUUUGUUUCUCAACGACCUCGAUACCAAGUAUAUUGAGAUAUGGGCUCUGAAAAAAUAUGAUGCAAUGAAAUUAUGGGCCCGAAAACUCAGGAUUAAGGCAGUCGGAAUAGGAUUGGCAAUGGUCUGUAGGAAGAAUGGUGAAAUAUUAAUGACAAGAUAUCCAAGUGACGAAGUGGUUUCAUGUGAUCCUCAGAGGAACGAAAUUCAUGAUCUGCAAAAUUUAGGGCUAAGUGACUAUGCUGAUUCUUAUGUGGAGAGCCUAGCUUUACUUGAUGAAUUAAAAGAGGAGACUGAAAAAGAAAACGUAGAGAUCACUCACUCAGCCACUUUUGCAAUUCCAUCCUUUAAAUGCAUUCAUUAGACAAGCAUGAACACCUGCUAAGAUAAGGUAUCUAUGCUAGUGCCCUCGUAUCUUUUGGGAUUGAUAUGAUCUGUGAUUGCCUUUUCCCUUCAUCUUUUUCUCCAUCAUUGUGACGAUGCUGUUCUG